AUGUACCACUCCGAUUUAUUCCAGCAAUACGGACCGACGUAUGCCGUUAGACCCACGCACUCCCUGCCGCCCACCUACUCCGCCACCAGCGCCCAUCAUGAUGCCUACAGGUACCCAGAAUUUGAGGUCCCCGCUAGCCAGAGGUAUGACGGCCUAUUCUCAACGCUGGACCCUUCCCAGAGGAUUCUGGGAGCCGCCCCGCUCACGCCUCUCUCAUUGCCCCCUGGACCUGCCAUGGGGUUUGGGCAGCCGCAGCCCCCAUGUGAUGCACCUCGUCUGCCUGGAAACGUCAAGAUGAUACUGGAGAACAGAGAGCUCUGGAAACAAUUCCACGCCAUUGGAACGGAAAUGAUUAUCACGAAAUCUGGCAGACGGAUGUUCCCUCAGUGUAAGGUCACCAUCAGUGGUCUGGAGCCAGAUGGUAAGUAUGUCCUUCUGGCCGACAUCGUCCCAGUGGACAACAGUCGCUACAAAUGGCAGGAAGACCACUGGGAGCCCAGCGGACGGGCGGAACCGCGGCUGCCGGAACGAGUGUACAUCCACCCGGAUUCGCCGGCCCCGGGGUCACACUGGAUGAAGCAGCCAAUCUCCUUCCACAAGAUCAAACUCACCAACAACACCCUGGACCAGAUGGGACAUAUCAUCCUGCACUCCAUGCACCGCUACCAGCCCCGGUUCCAUAUCGUCCGCGCUCAGGAUGUCUACAGCCGCCGAUGGGGAGGGUGUUCAUCUUUCACCUUCCCAGAGACCCUCUUCCUGACCGUCACCGCCUACCAGAAUGAAAAGAUCACACAGCUGAAAAUCCAGACCAACCCCUUUGCAAAAGGGUUUCGGGAAGAGGGACUGAAGAAUAAGAGAGAUCGCUCCAACAGAGCCAAGAGGAAACCGGCGAACACAGAACAAGAGCAGGAGUCCUUCCAGCCAGCUGAAUGUAAGAGACCCCUUUACUCGGGACCCUGCGACUCCACCCUGGACAUCAGUAGCGGCCUGGCUCUCCCGCUCCCCAGUCCUGACUGCUCCUUCCACCCCAUCACACCCCCCAACCAAACGCCGCCCUCCGCCGAAGCCACUGAGCCCUCAACGCUGCCCAUGACAGCCAAUCAGGAUCAAGGAGCCAGCCUGGACAUGAACCCCCAAACUACAGAGACCUAUCUGCCUCCAGAAAGACAGGCCUACCCAAAGAUGCCAUCAGCGGGAGUUGGCAACAUGUACACAUGCCAAUCGGAGCCUGCUGUCUCUCAGGGUCAAGUGGUCCCUCGUCCUCCUUCCUUGCAGAGGUUCACCGGGUCGUUUCAGGCCUCUCAGGACACCGCACCGCUCUAUGAUGGACAAGUCGAUUUUAGGCUUUAUGGGCAGGAAAUGAGCUGCACAGGAAAUUACGGCCCCCCAACCUGCUCUGGGACUUCUUCUGGAGCAGAUGAAGAGUCUAGCAGAGGUUACUCCAAAAACUCUGAUGUGCGCUUUCAACACUUCUUACCAAAUUCUGGGCCCAAACCAGGACUGCAGUUCUCAGGAGCUCAGCUCCAACGCCUCUACACGGGGGGAGGCUGGAUGUAAGAUGCCCUUCAAGAGAGCCUGAGCCACCAGCAUUGUCAGAUGGACUUAUAAGGCCAAAACAGGAACCCAACUACAGAAGAGACAAUUUGGUGUUUAAUUUGUCAGGUACAAAAAGGGUGUGAAGUCUUGAAACUCUAGGCCUGUGCCUAUAGACCAGCCCUGGACAUACACCAUAUUUCCCAUGAUCCUAUUGUGGUCACUUGCUCCCUUUAUGCCUACACUUCACUGAACGAAGCUGCUUUACCCAUUAUUAAGACCACCUCUUAUUAUUUGUCUCCAUUUAAGACAGACAUGA